AUGCAAACGAUUGAAAGAGAACCUCCGUCUUUGAAGUCGUACCCUGAUGACCGACAACCAGGAGGGGAUGUCUUCGGCCGCAACUUCAAGGAGAAAAUUAAAAAGCGUAAUGGAUGGGUGCGGUAUGUGGGAGACGAGACAGUCGUGUGUGCAGAAGAGAUGGAAUUGAGCGAGCGCACCAACAGACCGAGCGACAUUGUGAACUUCAGCCUUCGGCGAAACAUUCUGCGUUAG